AUGUCAUCGACAUAUUAUCAUGGGAUCAACAAUGCGAUCCAAAUAGGCAAUAACUACGGCCCAAAUUCGGCUGAUUUCCACCCGUCCAAGCGACCCAAGACCUCCCACCAUGACGGUUCGCCUGCCUCACGACACGAUCAGUACACCAUCGCCUGGAUCUGCGCGCUGCACAUAGAGAUGGCAGCAGCCCAGGCCAUGCUGGACGAUUUCCACGAAGCCCUGCCUACCCCUACGGAAGAUAGAAACACCUACGUAUUAGGCAACAUGAAUCAACACAAUGUCGUUAUUGCGUGUUUACCAACAGAACAAUAUGGAACAAACAAUGCAGCAAUCGUUAUGACGAACAUGAAACGGACUUUCCCGGCGAUCCGUGCAUGUUUGAUGGUCGGGAUUGGCGGUGGUGUGCCAAGCAAGGCUGAUGUGCGUCUGGGUGAUAUUGUCGUCGGAACAAGGGUAAUGCAGUGUGAUCUUGGAAAGGUCCUUGGAGACGGACAGCUCCAGCGAACGGCGAUACCUAAAAUUCCCCAUCAACUGCUUGGUACGGCUGUGUCUACCGUCCGUUCUAAGCACGAACUAGGCCCUAGCCGAGUCCUAUCUAUCUUAGAACAGAAGCUAGAAGGACAACCCGCAUAUGGUCGCCCGGUUCUACCAGAUCGUCUGUUCCCUGCGACUUACGAUCAUGAAUCUUUAAGUGGUAGCUGUGACGGAUGCGACCCUUCAAAGCUAGUACCACGAAGCAGACGAGUCUCGAACGAAAUAGUGAUCCAUUAUGGUGCGAUUGCCUCAGGGAACCAAGUCAUGAGGGACGGCAUUACCCGGGACAACAUUGCUCGACAGCUAGACGUCAUAUGUUUUGAGAUGGAAACUGCCGGUCUAAUGGACAUCCUCCCAUGUCUCCCAAUUCGGGGAAUCUGCGACUACUCGGACUCUCACAAGAACAAAGAAUGGCAAAGAUAUGCUGCAGCAACCGCGGCUGCAUACGCAAGGGAGUUGCUUGAGGAGUUACCUGUGACUAAAAUGCAUACAAGCAUUGUCUCCACGGUGGAUCCCUACCAAUUUUCAUCACACGAACACCGGCAGCGCUUGUUAAACUCCUUCAAGUUCGAGCAAAUGGACUCCCGAAAAACGACCAUCAAACAAGAACAGAAAAAAAACGUGCCGCUGGUUUUUCAGCCAUCCUUUGGCAAGCCCGGUGCUGGCAAGUCGACAAUCAUGAAAUUCGCAUACUCCAACACGAAGGGCAAGGCCCGUCACAAGCAUGCUAUCACUGCUUGCUUCUUCUUUAACGCUCGAGGCGCUCGCUUGGAAAGAACGAUGUCAGGGAUGUAUCGAUCAUUACUACUUCAACUGCUUGAAGGGUACCCCGACCUCCAGGUUGUUUUAGACGACUCCAAUCUGAUUCCCCAAAAUCAAAAUGGUUGCCCUUCCUUGAAUGUUCUCAAGGAUCUAUUUGCCAAUGCGGUUUGCACCCUUGGUCAACGCUCCCUUACCUGCUUCGUCGAUGCUCUCGAUGAAUGUGAUGAACAACAAGUGGUGGACAUGGUCCAGUAUUUUGAAGACCUGGCCGAAGAAUCUACGGCUAAAGGCGUCCCGUUCCGAAUCUGCUUUUCGAGUCGACACUAUCCUUACAUCUUCAUUCAACGGGGUCUCCGACUUACACUCGAGGAUCAAUCAGGUCAUACGGAAGACUUGGCAACCUACGUCACAAAGCGCCUCAUAAUCAAAGAACCUACGCUUGUCGAAGAGCUGCAACCACAAAUUCUUAGUAAGGCUGCUGGCGUUUUCAUGUGGGUCGUCUUGGUUGUCGAUAUUCUCAACAAGGAGUAUCGACGAGGCGGAAUGGCUCUAAGAAUGAGACUCGCGGACAUACCCAGUGACCUUACUGAACUUUUCAAAGAUAUCUUGAAACGUGACAAUGAGAAUAUGGAAGCUCUCCAGCUUUGCAUCCUCUGGAUUUUGUACGCAAAAAGUCCAUUGCGGCCGCAGGAGUUCUAUCAUGCUCUCUGGUCUGGUUUGUCUUUAAAAGGUUUAGUCGAUAGCCAGAUUCCAGAUGUCACCGUCCUAGAAACUGGUGCUGGAGUUGACACGGUUACGAGAUAUGUCAUUAGCUCCUCAAAAGGACUUGCAGAGACCACCAAAUCUAGGCAGCCCACAGUUCAAUUCAUCCAUGAAUCUGUCCGAGACUUCCUCAUCAAGGACAAGGGUCUGUAUGAAUUAUGGCCAGAGCUCAGAUUUGACAGCGAGAGCCUAGGCCAUGAGAAACUCAAGCAAUGCUGCAACAUCUACACCAAUCAUACCUUGACCUGUGCGUUUAUCAACAGGCUGCUAUCAGAAUCUACCUCCGACGACCGGAACGAAAUCUUAACCGAGUACCCGUUCUUGGAGUAUGCCACUCAAAAUAUCCUCUACCAUGCCAACGCUGCGGCCAAAGCGGUUCCUCAAGACGAAUUUUUGUCGUGUUUUCCUAUCUCCAGCUGGAUCAACACCAGCAAUCUUUUCGAAAAAUUCAAGGAUCGCCAAUAUACGACUAGCGCGAAUCUGUUUUAUAUACUAGCAGAUAAAGGUUAUCCGGCGCUCAUUCGGGCAAGAUUCAAAGAGGACCCGCAGGUUCAUGUUUAUGGGGAGAGAUACAAGUACCCACUUUUUGCUGGGCUGGCUAAUAGCAACAAAGACGCUGUUGCUGCUCUUUUGAACUCAUCUUCGAGGAUUUCCAAUGGAAUCGACAUCACAGAGGGUCUCAACCACAGGAAAGACUUAAAACAAUAUGAAAGUCGAACACCACUAUCUUGGGCUGCCCAAUAUGGUCGAGCAGGCAUUGUCGAACUACUAUUGCGGACGAAAACGACCUGUGAUGAGGAAGAUAGGGGGGGGGGGCGUACAUCACUCUCACGGGCCUCAUCCAAUGGCCACGAAGCGGUAGCGAGGCUUCUUUUGGACAAUGGAGCUGAUGUCAACACUAGCGACAAAGAUGGACGGACACCGCUUCAAUGGGCACUCAUGUAUGGCCACGAAGCUGUAGCGAGGCUUCUGAUCGAAAACGGAGCUGACGUUAACACCAGCGACAAAGAUGGAUGGACACCGCUACAGAUGGCCUCAUCGGGUGGCUAUGAAGCGGUAGCGAGGCUUCUAAUCGAUAACGGAGCUAACGUUAACACCAGCGAUAAAUAUGGAUGGACACCGCUCGAUAAAGAUGGAUGGACUCCCCUUGAACGGGCCUUUAAAAAUGGUCACGACGCGUUAGCAAGGCUUCUUUUAGAAAAUGGAGCUGACGUCAACACCAGCGACAAAGAUGGACGGACACCGCUACAGAGGGCCUCAUCCAAUGGCCAUGAAGCGGUAGCGAGGCUUCUUAUGGACAAUGGAGCUGACGUCAACACCAGCGACAAAGAUAGACGGACACCGCUACAGAGGGCCUCAUCCAAUGGCUAUGAAGCGGUAGCGAGGCUUCUUAUGGACAAUGGAGCUAACGUCAAUACCAGCGACAAAGAUAGACGGACACCGCUACAGAGGGCCUUAUCCAAUGGCUAUAAAGCGGUAGCGAGGCUUCUUUUAGACAAUGGAGCUGAUGUCAACACUAGCGAUAAAGAUAGACGGACACCGCUACAGAGGGCCUCAUCCAAUGGCUAUAAAGCGGUAGCGAGGCUUCUUUUAGACAAUGGAGCUGAUGUCAACACUAGCGAUAAAGAUAGACGGACACCGCUACAGAGGGCCUCAUCCAAUGGCCAUGAAGCGGUAGCGAGGCUUCUUUUGGACAAUGGAGCUGACGUCAACACCAGGGACAAAGAUGGAUGGACACCGCUCCGAUGGGCCUCACUCAUUGGCCACGAGGCGGUAGCCAGGAUUCUUAUUCAGAACGGAGCUCUAGCGGAGCGGGUAAACUAG